GCACACUGUGAAGUAUUUAUUUUACAACUUAAUUCUGUUUUCGUAUUUAUACUAAGAAAAUGCAAAGGGAGCCUUAAAAGGCGCCUGAAACACCUUAAAAUGAGCACUCCCCGCAAGAACUUUAACAACCUGCCGCCUUUCUCUCCGCGUGCUGGUCAGUAUCCUUCGCAGUCGGCUGACUACAGAUCCCAACAAUUCGGAGGCCAACAGACGCCUCAAAACUCAAACUUCGGCUUCUACGAGGACAAGCAGGGCCAUCAAAAGUCCCAGCAGAAUAUUCCACAUUUCUACCAGAACAAGUCACCGCAGGAGACACAAAGACAUCGGCCCUAUGGACAGCGUGGGAAUUUCGGACGCGGGGGCAACUUCAAUCGAAGGAAUCAACCGAACUGGGACCAAAAUCAGAGGAACCAACCAAACAGAGAGCGCAGCCAAGGUGGAGGCUCCUUUGGGCAGUACUUUCAUCCCUCUAUGCUGGAGGAUCCCUGGCGGGAUCUGAUGGAGCGCCACGAGGCCAUCCACGGAGCCAGCACUGGCCAAUCCACACCGAAAGAGGUGGAGGCUUCUUAGAUUGUGACAAAAAUGUAUAAUACUAGACAAAUGGCUAGCUCCUUAUAGGAGAUGAAUGUACAAAUCCCUUAUUCACUUAGUUUGCAUUACCAUUCAAACAACGUGUACACAAAAAGAUCAGUUUUUAGCCGUUAAGCUAUGAUUUAAUUAAGUCUGCAGAGCUUCGACUGAAUAAAAUGGAA